GGGAAGAUUAUUUUUUGCCUGGUAAACCCAAACCAAUUAGGCUCUCUAGAUCACAAGUGCAAAGAGGAGGAGGAGGCAGCCACAUCAAAAUCCCAAUAAACCCGUUAUUCCAAAUGUAUAAUAUUUACGCCUCCCUGGGGUUUACCUGUACUCUUAAUGGAUUAGCACUUUUCCUGGUUCAUAAUGGAAGACACAUUUCAUCCAUUGGUAAAAACUCCUGACACUUGCAACGAUCGAGAUCCCGACCACCAACAAGUGCUACCGUCGUGCUUACCCAAUCAGUCACGAACUCGGCGAUUUUCUACCUCAGCAUUGCCUUCGGAUGGGGAUCAGAAGUUGCCUACCAAAAGAGCAAGCGAUGACUUUGUGCGGCGGGUUAGUUUUGACACUAUGACACAUCAAGACAUGCCAGACUACUCGUUCACGCUCCAGGAGAAGAGCCAAGGCUGGGAACGUUCGAUAUCAAGUAGAGUAUUUAUGCUAGCCACUGAUCUAGAGAGCCAUUCCAAUGAAGCACUCAAAUAUGCUGUGGAGGAAUUAUUAGAGGAUGGGGAUGAAAUUGUGGUUGUUCGUGUGGCGGAUGUCCAAGUGAACCGUCAUAUUUUGGGAUCCUCUCGUCAAAACCUACAGGAACAUGCCGUUCUGGCACGUCAACACGCAGAGCUAUUGUUACAGCGGAUAAAGGAAUCACAUGGAGGCAUUAAGAUCAGUAUCGUUCUUGAGUUUGUGAUUGGGAGGACGCAAACAUGUUUACGAGACAUGCUUCAGAUGUAUCACCCAUCUGCCCUGAUAGUAGGCACUCAAGGGAAGCCGUCCUCUCUCAAGACCAUGUUCCCUGGUAACAGCAUUUCCCAAUUCUGUCUGCGUCUUUCUCCGGUUCCUGUUAUUGUGGUAAAGGAAUUUAAACCCUCUGACGCCUCACGCCGUUCAAGCUCAAACUCUAGCAAUGAGAACAAUGAUUGUCAUGAUCCUUCCACAGCAUCCAAGUGGAUUCGUAAGCUUAGUUUGAAUAACCGGCUAUCCAAGUCUGCACAGCAUUAAAUCCCCUCAUCAAGUAUUUAUUAUUACAAAUUGGAAAACAACGGCCUCCCGCGGGCUUAAGAUUGGAACCAAAUUAAUACAUUAUUCACCCAUAUGCAACAACAUUUUCUGGAACACCCUUUAUGCGAUAGGAUCUUAUAUGUAGCGUCAUGGACUGUAACAUAAUACCAUUGGGUUUUCUUCUAUUCUCUGUAUAUUGUCAAUAAAUUGUCAUGGUUGGAC